AUGUGGGGGCCAGGGGGCCCAGGUAGCCCUGGGACCCCCAGCCAUGGGUGAGAGAACUUACCACGGAGCCCAAGUGUGCUCUGGCACCAACCCCAGAAAGUGCCAGGACCUAGGAGACUCAAUUCUUCUGAUCCUGGGCAGCUUCAUCUUGCUCAACGUCGGGAUCAAUGUGGUGACUCUGCUCUGGAAACACCUGAAGAACUCCUUGCGGACUCUUUUCCGUCAUUUUUUCCCCAGAGACAAGCAAUCCAGCUAUGCAGGCAGCCAUCCCAUGUGCAUGCGUUGCUCCGUGGAUCCCAAGAACCUAUGCUCAAGAGUCCCGCCCCGCUUCCACUGCCGCCCAAGCUUCCUGCUUGGGCACCCUAACCACCUGGACUCCCGGAUACCAGACACGAACGAUGAGAAGGCUUCUAAGUGCUGCUGGAUGCCGCCUCAGUGUGGACAUGCAGGGGCUCCCAUGGAGGUGCCAUGGGGACUGUGGAAGGAGGGGCUCAUGGGAGCUGGGGAGGACCCUCAGAUCACUGCCUUAAAGGCCCAAGCCACCUUCUACUCUAAGCAGGAGACAUCUUCCAAGUUCCGUAGGAUGAGUAAGGUGGACAUGGUUCCACUGCGCCUGCCCCAAGAGAGCAAGACUAAGACCACAGACCACAACCCAGCCCAGGCCCAGACCCACUCCCCAGUCCAGUCCCCUGGUCAUGCUCCUGCCAAGGCCCAGACCUUCUCCCCAGCCCACCCCCCUGAGCCCACCCCAGCCCAGACCCAGACCCACGCCCCCAUUUACCCCCCUGAGCAUGCCCCACCUCAGGCCCAGACCAACUCCCUAGCCCUCGGCCCUGAGCACAACUCUGCCCGGGUCUGUGGUCCGGAGCACACCUCAGUCUAUACCCUGGACCAGGCCCCCUCACAGGGCCCAGCCCAGUGCGAGGACCACACCCUUACCCACACUCUGACCCAUGCUCAUCUAACUUAUACCCAUGCCCAAACUCUGACCCCUCCCCCAGCUUCUGCCCCAGUCCCUCCCCCAGCUUCUAUUCCAGUCCCUCCUCCAACUUCUGUCCCAGUCCCUCCCCCAACUUCUGUCCCAGCCCCUCCCCCAACUUCUGCCCCAGCCCCUCCCCCAACUUCUGCUCCAGUCCCUCCCCCAGCUUCUACCCCUGCUGCUACUUCUGCUCCAGCCCCUACACCAGCCCCUGUCCCCAUGUCUGCCACAACCCCUGUCCCUGCACUGGUCAUGGCCCUGCCGACCACUCCAGUCCCUUCCAUACCCCCUUCCUCCGUCCUAACUUCUAUUCCCUCUGCUUUGUCUGCCUUCAGCCAAGGCCUCUCCACUGGCCAUGUGGUCUAUGAUGCCCGCAGGGUAAAGCAGAACUUAUUCCAUGUAUGUGCCCCUCAGAACUCUGGGUAUUCCAGAAAGGACUUAGAUACACUCUCCAGGCUCCAAGAGGGGCAUGGCCUGGUGAGCUCUGGUACAGCUGAGCAAACAUUGAGGCAAUGUAGUGAGGACAGUGCCAAACCCUUCACAGGAUCCGUAUUGGGUUACCUGGAGUUGGGGAACAUGGAAUGGAAGCUUUCAAAUGAUCCCAAGGAUGAAUCUGUGCAGCCCAAGACCUUCCCUUACUGCAGUUUCCACCCUUACAGUUCUGAGAAGCAAAACACGGACUCCCAGACUCCGGUCUACCCCAAAUUCCUGGUGUACUCCAAAGAUGCUGCACCUUAUCAACCUUGCUUCCAUGUUCCAACCUGUCCCCAGAACUCAGUGGGUACUGUGCCUCCACCCUGCACUCUUUCUCUACCUCUCAUUUCUCCCAGAUCCUUUGUUCUUCAUCAACACAGCAACCACCAGAAGCCCUCCACCUUAAUACAGACCCCCAAAUUUCCCCCAACCUCCAAGUCUCCUCAGUCUGUCCUCUCUUCCCAGGGUCCCAUCCCUCCUCAGUUCUCCACUACUUCCCAAACCCCGAACCAGCCCCAGCCCCCUGAACUUAAUGAGAAUCUAGGCCUCAACCAAGACCAUGGUCUCCAGAGGACCCCAGGCCCUUCAAAAGACACUAGAGUUUCCAGAAAGCCAGAGCUUACCCCGAAUCCAAACCUUCACAUGAACCCAGGCUUUACUCAAGACCCAGGCUUUCAUAAGAGCCCAGGCCUUGCUCAAAAUCCAGGCCUACACAGGUGUCCAGGCUUUACCCAAGACACAGGCCCACACAAGAGCCCAGGCUUUGCCCAAGACCCAGGCCUCCACAAGAGUCCAGGCCUUACUCAAAACCCAGGCCUCCACAAGAGCCCUGGCUUUACCCAAGACCCAGGCCUCCACAAGAGCCCAGGCCUUGCUCAAAACCCAGGCCUCCACAAGAGCCCAGGCUUUACCCAAGAACCUUAUCUCUGCAAGAAUCCAAGCCUUUCCCAAGACUCUGACUUUCACAAAGAUUCAGUCAUUACACAAGAUUCUUGCUCCCAGAGUUUAAGUUCUACUCAAGAGAGAAGUUUACUUAGAAGCCCAUAUCUCACCCAACCUUCUGGUAUCCACAAGAACACACCAUUUCUUCAAACUUCUGACAUUCAGAGAAGCUCGGGCUUUAGGCAUGACUCUGGAGUCUGUAGAAAUCUAGAACAAAACCAAGGGACUGUACUCUAUAGAAGUCAAGAGCUCGCCCAAAAAACUGGCCUCCAUAGUAUCCCACACCCUUCUCAAGAUGCUGGAUGUUACAAGAGUACAGAUAAUGCCCAAGAUCCAGGAGUCUCUAGGAGUCUAGGCUUUACCCAAGAUUCUGAACCACAGAAGAGUCCAUGCUUUGUCCAAGACUCUGGAAUCAACAAGAACUCAGGCCUUACCCAGGAAUCCGGUCCCCAUAAGAACCCAGGCUUUGUGCAAACCCCUGGCCUCUAUAAGGACUCAGGAGACUACAAUAAUCCAGGCCUUACUCAUGAUUCUGGAGUUUACAGGAGCCAAGAUCUUACUCAAGAUUCUGACUUCCAUAAGAAUCUGGGCCUUACCCAAGUCACCGAAGUCAAAAGAUGUGACGUUCCCCAAGAUGCUAGAGUUUACAGGAGCCCAGAACAUUGUCACAACCCUAACCUCCACAAGUACCCAGGAGUUACUCAACAUCCUGGCCCCCAGAAGACUCAGGACUUUAUCAAGGGAUCAGGCUUUGUCCCCAAUCCUGUCCUCCACAAGAGCCUUCUGGGAACUGACUGUGUCCAAGUUUUGGGCCCACUUCAGACCCCAAAGUCAUUUAUAUCUGAGAAGAUUCCUCGAAGGCAUGAUGCUGGGCAGCAUAUUCCAGGGCCUUCUGUCCCACCUAGCCAGACCUCCUCCCCCGCCAAGGCCCAGGUGGUCUACAAUGACCAACAAACCUUCUCAGAGGUGCCUAUGCUGAUAGAGCUGCAACCACCCUCCCGGCGAGCAGGCAGCCAAGACUGGGUGUACCGUCCCAUGGACACAGCUCCUGCAGCCUCCCAGAGCUAUCGCCAGAUGUCUAUGCCUCCCAAAACCAACUGGAAGCCCCACUGCCCAGGGUCAGGCACCCGGGUAGGGCAUGUGGUCUUUGACGCCCGCCAGAGACAGUUGGGAGCAGGCAGGGACAAGUGCGAAGCGUUGUCUCCCAGGCGCCUUCACCGAGAGAUAUCCAACAACUCACCAGAGAUGGCCAAGGCGUGGGGAUAUCAGUGUGUGAUGAGAAACUUAGAAAAAGAGGGGACCAAUGUGCAUGAAGAAUAAAAAGGCAAGAGAAGUGU